UCGCGUCUACAGGUUGUAAACCAACAGAAAGUAUUAUUAACUUCUCCCCUUGCCUCGUUCGCCGUGUUUCUGGAAUUUCUUUUGCAUGUUGACAAAAUAAAGUCAAACGCAAAAGAAAAUCGAAACACAAAGGCAACGCAUCCGCGACCUUCGCGACGCAGCCAGUGCAGUUAAUUGAAAUGAAAAACUACGGCGCUGGAGCCGCACAAGCCGCAGCUCCAGCUGUCAAACGCCGUACGGAUAGCUAUGAAGCUGCCCAGCAUCAUCCUCAUACUCCCCCCAGCAGUGAUGAGAAUUCCCGCUGCGAAAGCGACGAGGACUAUGAAGAUCCCAAGUUGCUGCGUCGCCAGGCACAGCUGCAGUCAUCAACGCCAGUGGCGGUAGCUGUGGCGGAGACAUCAACCUCUGAUGCUGCCCAGCUAUUGGAGAGCGGUGCAACCCCCGCAUUGUUAUACAGCGAGGAGCGGAUGAGACGCAAGCUACAGUUUUUCUUCAUGAAUCCUAUCGAGAAAUGGCAGGCGAAGCGCAAGUUUCCAUACAAGUUUGUCGUUCAGAUUGUGAAGAUUAUUCUCGUGACGAUACAGCUGUGCCUUUUUGCUCAUGCCCGCUAUAAGCAUAUUAAUUAUACAUGGGACAAUCGCAUCGCCUUCUCGCAUUUGUUUCUGAAGGGGUGGGACUCAUCGCGCGAGGUGGAGAGCUAUCCGCCCGCUGUGGGUCCCUUUGCCCUGUACGAGAAGGAUGCAUUCUUUCAGACUAUCGAUUAUGCCGUCGAUGGCUAUUCCCGUGUAAACAGAUCUAUAGGCGCAUACGAUUAUCCAACAAUAGAUAAUUCUAUGGCGCCUCUCGUGCUAUGCCUACAAAACUACCGUGAAGGCACCAUCUUUGGUUUCAAUGAGUCGUAUAUCUUCAAUCCAGAAAUCGAUGUGCUGUGCAUUAAAUUGCCUCCCAAUGUUACCAACACAAAAGUCGAGCCAUAUCUGGAACAGCUCGGCAUAGAAAUUAACUUUGCAUCGCUAGUAAGCGCUACAUUAAGCUUUGAGAUAAAAACUGUGAACUUUAAGCCGGAUGGAGGACCACUAGCGGGUCCGGAUUGCUUCAAAUUCAACGUAAGCAUCGACUUUAACAAUCGGGAUCAUGAUGGCCAGAUGCUGCUCUCGUUGGAUGCGGCAGCCACGCGCCUGAAGUGUAGAGGAGACACGGACUUCACAUACGACGCGGAAUUCGAUACCAUACUGAGAAGUAUCCUAAAUAUUUUCGUAUUGCUUACGUGUGCGGUUUCAUGCGCCCUUUGCACACGAGCCCUGUGGCGUGCCUAUUUAUUGAGAUUUACAACAAUCAACUUCUUCAGGAGACAGCUAGGCAAAGAGCUGAGUUUCGAUGGGCGACUGGAGUUCGUCAAUUUUUGGUAUAUUAUGAUCAUCUUCAACGAUGUAUUACUCAUCAUUGGCUCUGCGUUGAAGGAGCAGAUCGAAGGACGCUUUGUUGUUGUGGAUCAGUGGGAUACCUGUUCGCUGUUCUUAGGCGUAGGAAAUCUGUUAGUCUGGUUCGGUGUGUUGCGUUAUUUGGGCUUCUUUAAGACCUACAAUGUUGUCAUUUUGGUGCUUAAAAAGGCGGCACCGAAAAUCUUGCGUUUCCUUAUUGCUGCCCUACUUAUAUAUGCGGGAUUUGCAUUUUGUGGCUGGCUAAUACUUGGGCCUUAUCACCUGAAGUUCCGCUCUCUGGCCACCACUUCAGAGUGCCUCUUCUCGUUAAUUAAUGGCGACGAUAUGUUUGCCACCUUCGCCACCCUAUCGAUCAAGGCCGACUGGCUGUGGUGGUUCUGUCAAAUCUACCUGUACUCCUUUAUUUCUCUCUACAUAUAUGUGGUGCUGUCCCUCUUCAUCUCAGUCAUCAUUGACGCAUACGAAACGAUCAAGGAGUACUACAAGAAGGGCUUCCCAGAGUCGGAUCUCAAGCAGUUUGUUGGCACACGCACUCAGGAAGACAUCAGCUCAGGCGUAUUUAUGAACGAUAUGGAUGACUUUGAUCAGACAACUUUCCUGGAUGUUGUGCGCAACGUUUGCUGCUGUGCCUGUUGCCGACGACGCCCGGAAGAGUCCAACAAUGGUGCCACAGGCUAUACCAGCCUGUCAAGUAUUCUAAAGUAAUAUUAGAAAUUUUGUUGCAUUCUAACGCUUGUAGUUUAGUCAGCAAAUAUGUAUGUACAAAUGCAAAUUUAUUUGCGUUGAAAGUUGUGUAGUUAGCUGUUUGUACAUUUAAUUUAAUAUGUAUGUAUUUGUUAGCAUUUUGUUUUACUUAUCUCAAAUUUAUCACCAAAGUUUACUGCAGAAAAUGCCUAAUGAAAUGAAAACCCGAAAGUACGUACCUUUGAGAAUCGAAAAUUGUGCCACCGUAUAAGUCAAAGAAGAUCGAAGUAAUAACUAACGAAAAACGAAAGAUAUUAAUAAACUCUGUGUGUGAUAUAAUGCAGGAAGAGAACAAUGCAAUUCGAAAUGCUUAGAUGACGGAAUAUGACUAUUCUUUUGAAAAUAUUUGGAAAAUGAUGCAAACAAGUUUACGUACUAUGGAAUUCACGGGAAUUAAGAAACUAAUCAUAAAUAUAUAUUAAGAUAUAAAGUCCAUUUACCUAUUUAUAUACUUAUCUGUACAGAAAACGUUUGUUGCAAUGCAUAUAUUCAUAAAAAUAUAUGCGUUCUAAAAUAAAAAAUAUUAAUUUACGUA